CGGGUUUUGUUGUGCAAACCUGGCAACCCUGCACAUAAGUCAUUUUAAAACCAGAUUUCUGUUGGUUACCGCGGCAAAUGCCUGACCAACUCGAACUCGUUGCAAAAUCGACAUGGGGAAAAUGGUUCAUCCACACUCCAUUGAAAUAACAGGAUUUCGUCCGCAAAAAUGUGACGAACAACGGUAAAUGUUAUGUGACGCACUAACUGGCCAUUUUUGUCCGAAAAUGAAGUUAUUAAAAUUAAAAUGGUCACUUAUGUAGACAUAUAAAGCAAUAGGCUAUCACAUUAGGCUACUAAAUAUAACAAGUUCUGGUGUGAUUGCUUACAAACACAACUAUUACUAAUACAAACAUUAUCUAAAUCAAGGUUGGAGACGGCUAUUUGUGGCAGCUUUGACUUUGUCAUAGGCUAUGAAACUAAUAAAACCGUUUCUCAGAUCUGAAGGAGGAACUAGACUGAGCUUCAUCGCCUCUAAGAUUAGAUGAUGUGCAAAACAAAGUCAAGAUAUUGAAACUAGAGAGCGGCAGCAUCUUAUCCAAACUAUCUCCAUGUCAAAUUACAGUUGGGUGGCUGCAGUUCUUGCGCUCGGAUUGGAGUUGUUCUCGGUGGGAGGGUAGGGUAGGGUGGGGUGGGGGUCCGUUGCUGAUGCUGGGCAGAUUGCGUUUAUCUCCGCAUCUCUGCUCCGUUACCCUUAAUGCUGCCACUGGAUGGCUGCGCGUCGCAGUUCGACGUGAGAUCAUUUAUUGAGGGCUUCAUCUGAUUUCAUCUGAUUGAAAGAGAAAAAGCAAACAAACAUGACAGACAGUACGACUUCUGAUCCAUGCUCUGUUCCCAAUCCGACUAUUGUGGACCCGUCGGCUUUGCGAAACGGACAAUGCGCCGCUGCCCAGGAUCCGAACCUACCCAAAAGAGGGAGCCAGGGCGAUCCUUUCAAUAUGGACCGGGACCAGGAGAUGAAAAUUACAGAUAGCGUUGAGGGCCAAGGUCUCUUGGAGAGCAGCAUGCGCCUGAAGCCUCAUGAGGCUCAGAGUUACAGGAAGAAAGCUCUGUGGGUGUCCUGGAUUUCCAUUGUGGUGACGCUCAUCCUGGCUGUGGCAGGUUUCACUGUAUCCUUCAUGAGACACAGUGCAUCAGCUUUUGGAUUUGCUUUUGAUGCGACGUUAGAUGUUCUUUCCUCCAUUAUAGUGCUGUGGCGCUAUAGCAACGCUGCAGCAGUGCACUCUGCCCAUAGAGAAUACAUAGCAUGUGUGAUCCUGGGAGUGAUUUUCAUCUUGUCGUCUUUGUGUAUUUUGGGGAAGGCCAUCCAUGAUCUGGCCACCAAACUUCUUCCUGAAGUGGAUGACUUCCUGUUCAGCGUUUCCAUCGUCAGUGGCCUCAUGUGUGUCAUUCUUGCGGUUGCCAAGUUCAUGCUGGGAAGGGUUUUGACCAGCAGAGCCCUAAUCACUGAUGGCUUCAAUUCAAUGGUUGGAGGCGUCAUGGGCUUUUCCAUCCUCAUUAGUGCUGAGGUGUUUAGACAUUAUCCCACCAUUUGGUACCUUGAUGGAACCAUUGGGGUCCUGAUUGGACUCAUUAUUCUAGCUUAUGGGGUCAAGCUAUUAGUUGACAUGGUACCACGAGUAAGACAAACUCGAAACUAUGAGCGCUUUGAGUAAUGCUGGUUCAGAGAGAAAAAGGCAUUGUAUGGAUCCAUCCACUCCUUUCUGCUCCUGCUGCUCUCUCAACACACACAAUACCAAAAUACAUCCAGGAAUAAAGUCUGCUGGCAGCCAAUUCAGCAUCAGGUACUUGUAGAAUCAUCACUCCGAUCAGCUCCUGAUGUCCUCUUUCACUCAGCACAACAUUUAAAAGGAAGGAGGAAGGGGAAUGAGCUGCUCAACGGAUCGGUGUCACUCCAGGCACUCAAACAUUUAUACUAUCAUCAUGCUUUGGUCACAUCCAUGAAAUUCAUUUCUGUUAUAUUCUAUGUUCUUUGUAUCACUAUUUAGUUUUUAAAUGAUGGAAGGAAAACUUUAAUUUAUACUCUUUGUUUAAUGAAAAAUCAUGUGUAUUUAUAACCACACAACUCUUAUAAUGCAUUUUAGCUCAGUUUUAGAGGUAAUUAUAGCUAUCACCAUGUAAGGUGUGUUUAUAUUUUACUGUACAGUAUUGUAAAUAACCUCUCAGGCUACAGAUCAGCCACAUUUCCAGUGUAGAGGUAAUACACAUUUCAGUGAAGAAAGCACACCGGAAUUUCCAGAGGUAGGCACAAAUACACUGUAGGCUAAAGACCUCUCAGAACCACAGUUCAGGGUCAGCAAGAUAAUAAUAUGUGACCCUGGACCACAAAACCAGUCAUAAGUCGCACGGGUAUAUUUGUAGCAAUAGCCAACAACACAUUGUAUGGGUCAAAAUUAUUGAUUUUUCUUUUAUGCCAAAAAUUAUUCGGA